GCCCCUCCAUUUUGGAAGUGAAGAGGCUGUCCCCCGGCCCUGCCGCAGGAGCCGCAGCCGGAGGCGCCGCGACAUGGCGUUCAGCCCUUGGCAGAUCCUGUCCCCCGUGCAGUGGGCGAAAUGGACGUGGUCUGCGGUGCGCGGCGGGGGCGCCGGAGAGGACGAGGCCGGAGGGCCCGAGGGCGACCCCGAGGAGGAUGACUCGCAAGCCGAGACCAAGUCUUUGAGUUUCAGCUCGGAUUCUGAUGGUAAUUUUGAGACCCCUGAAGCUGAAACACCGAUCAGAUCACCUCUCAAGGAAUCCUGUGAUUCGUCAGUAGGAUUGGCAGGACCUGGGGCCAAAAUCCAAGAAUCAGAAGAAGCUGAUGAACAUCUGGUAGCAGAAGUGGUUGAAAAAUGUUCGCCUGAUGCUUCUCCUAGACCCUCAGAAAAUGAGGUGCCACAGCAGGCCAUUGAUUCUUACUCAGUCAAGGAUUUCAGAGAAGAACCUGAAUAUGAUAUUAGCAAAAUUUCAGUAGUGAGGCCAUUUUCAAUAGAAACAAAGAAUUCCACGGAUAUCCCGGCAGCUCUUGGAACGAAAGCAGCUCAUGGCUGUGUAACUACAGUCUCAGGUGAGGCUUUGUCCUCCAGCACGCCAGAAACCAUCCAGGACAGGGUAAUGACAGAAGGUAGCGUGGGGUUUACUCUUGAGGCUUCCACAGAAGCUCAUCUGAAGGCAGAAAACUCCUGUCCAGAGCCUGUGUCCAGCAGAAGCAAGCUAAGAAAGCCCAAACCCAUUUCUCUGAGGAAGAAAACCACUGGGCGAGAAAUCUCAGAAACUGAAACUGCUGUGGAGGGCACACCUUUGCCCAUAGCAUCCUACCAGCUCAGCGCCCUAGGAUCAGAUGAGAACACAAAGCCUUUGCUGGGAGGUGCCAAGAUCCAUAAGUCUCCCCCUGACGUUAAAGAAACUUCAGGCACUUUCAGUAGUGACACCAAUGACUCAGGGGUUGAGCUGCUGGAGGAGCCGAGGAGCUCACCUCUCAAGCUCGAAUUUGAUUUCACAGAAGAUGUGGAACAUGUAGAAGCCAAGAAAGCCCUUCCAAGGAAACUUGGCAGGAAACUGGGUAACAAAGUGACUCCCAAGACACAAAAAGAUGGCAUCAGUAAGCCAGUAGGUACGGAACAGCCUCCAGACCCAGCAGCAGGAGAUGCUCCUCUGUCCCAAGCUUCUUCUAAGCUGGAUCCUGGUCAUUGGGAUGACCCCAGCUUUAAUCCUUUUGGGGGCCACUCUGUUCUGCAGAACUCCCCACCCCUCUCCUCUAAGGGAUCCUACCACUUUGACCCAGAUAACUUUGAUGAAUCCAUGGAUUCCUUUAAACCAACUACGACUUUAACAAGCACUGACUUUUGUUCUACUACUGGUAAUCAUGUUAAUGAAAUCUUAGAAUCACCCAAGAAGGCAAAGUCGCGUUUAAUAACGAGUGGCUGUAAGGUGAGGAAAUAUGAAAUUCAGUCUCUUGCUUUGGAUGCAUGUUCUCAGGAUGAAGGAGCAGUGAUCUCCCAGAUUUCAGACAUUUCUAAUAGAGAUGGCCAUGCUACUGAUGAGGAGAAACUGGCAUCCACAUCAUGUGGUCAGAAAUCAGCUGGGGCCGAGGUGAAAGGUGAGCCAGAGGAAGACCUGGAGUACUUUGAAUGUUCCAAUGUUCCUGUGUCUACCAUAAAACAUGCGUUUUCACCCUCAGAAACAGGCAUAGAGGAAGAGACGUGCCAGAAGAUGGAAAAAGAUGGAUCUGCUGUGCUUGGGCCGUCUGAGUGCUCUACAGAGAAGGUCCCUGUAUCCACUGCCUGCGGAGGUGAGAGCCCUCUGGAUGGGAUCUGCCUCAGCGAAUCAGAGAAGACCGCCGUGCUCACCUUGAUAAGAGAAGAGAUAAUCACUAAAGAGAUUGAAGCAAAUGAAUGGAAGAAAAAAUAUGAAGAGACCCGACAAGAAGUCUUGGAGAUGAGGAAAAUUGUGGCUGAAUAUGAGAAGACCAUUGCCCAAAUGAUUGAAGAUGAGCAGAGGACAAGCAGGACAUCUCAGAAGAGCUUCCAGCAGCUGACCAUGGAGAAGGAGCAGGCCCUGGCCGACCUCAACUCUGUGGAAAGGUCCCUUUCUGAUCUCUUCAGGAGAUACGAGAACCUGAAAGGCGUUCUGGAAGGGUUCAAGAAGAAUGAAGAAGCCUUGAAAAAAUGUGCUCAGGAUUACUUAGCCAGAGUUAAACAGGAGGAACAGCGAUAUCAGGCCCUGAAAAUCCAUGCAGAAGAGAAACUAGACAAAGCCAAUGAAGAGAUUGCUCAGGUUCGAACAAAAGCAAAGGCCGAGAGUGCAGCUCUCCAUGCCGGACUCCGAAAGGAACAGAUGAAGGUGGAGUCGCUGGAGAGAGCCCUUCAGCAGAAGAACCAGGAAAUCGAAGAACUGACAAAAAUCUGUGAUGAGCUGAUUGCAAAGCUGGGAAAGACUGACUGAGCAUCCCCCAUUAGCUCAGCAGAUCUGCAUUUGGCCGCUUCUCUCAUGACCACAAUUAUCUUGCCUUAUCCAGGAAUAAUUGCCCCUUCGCAGAGAAGAAAAAAAAAAAAAGCACAUGCCUGUAGCUGCCUGGCCCGCUUUGCUGCCAAUGCAACAGCCCUGGAAGAAACCCAGAGUGUCGCACAGUCACGAGAGGACUGUGCUCAAGCGCUGGAGUCUUUUGCAGUCCUGUCCAUAGGUUCAGUUAGACAGGCUGCUGAGCGUGGGUUUGUGAUUCCUCUCCCUUCAGUUUGUUUUAAAGUCAUCUUUACUUUUCCAAGUAUGUUAAAUUGAUGGUUUUGUGGCUACUAUUUGGGGUCAUCUUUCUACCACCUUUCGGAUUUUAAUCUUUUAAUUUUCAAUAUCAGUGGUUUUAUUUUAGGAAUUAAUUUGGCCUAUUGUUACUUUCAGUUUAUAAACAAAAAGGGGCUCUGAGUACCCUUUUAUGCACACGUAUAUAUAAAUAU